AAUUUCUAUAUUCACACUUAGUAAUCUAAAUCAAUCAAUAAAUAACUCUGUUCAAUAAACAUGUCGAAAGAGGAACUCACAAAGAAGAUCAUUGAUCUCUUGAAGACCUUACCAAAGGAUCGUCUUAAGCAUUAUGCAUCUUUCAAAGAUGUCCAAAUCAAACGUUUCUCCUCUCCAGAAAUGGCAAAUGUAUCCGAAAAGGAUCUUAAAUUACAAUAUAUUUCAUUGAGAGACUUGGUCAAUGAUAAAUUCAAGAACUAUUACGCACUCGAUGACAAGUUGUUGCGCCCAAAGGGUAACCCAGAAUACUAUAACCGUCUUAUGGCUGACAUCCGUGGUGAGAAGAAGGAAACAUUGUUUACCGCCAUGAGAACAGUUCUCAAAGGGAAAUAAGUUGAUUCUAUUUAUUUGAAAGAAGGUGCCUUAUAGUCGCAAGGUUGUAUUUUUUCUGUAUUCUGUUUGUAAAUAGAUAAGUGACUAGAAGAUUGUAUAUUAAUAUUAAUGAUCAGAAA